UCUUUUUUUAAUAUAAUAUUAUAGAGCAACUUCGGGUAUAUUCGACACUUUUAGCAUUCAGAAUGACCGACAUAAACAUUUAAUGAAAGCAAAAGUAGGCCUUUUCUGCGUCUUCGGUAUAAAACCCUGCCCAGUGAUCAUAAUUUAUCAGUUCCGACACAUUCUGAAAUAAAGCUUGGUAGACCUACAGUGAUGUGUGAAGCUUUCUAGACAUUGAAAUAGUUCUUUGGUUUAAAGAGCUAUUGAAGAUGGAGACACCACUUACUGCUGAUAAGGAAAAGGAUGAAAAUAGACAUCACACAGUGAAGUUUUCAGAGGAUUUAUCUGCAGAAAGCAAUAGCACACAUUCUGAUAAACAAAGUAAUUUGCAUUUUCCAUUUGAAAAUGGAACAGAUGGAACAGACAUUGAAAAAAAAGAAUUAGAAAGUUCUUCUAUGUCAGCCAACAAACCUACUGACCUUAGUAUCAGUGAUAGUGGCCAGGCAGGAGAUAAUGAUUUAAGACAGAAUAAUGGGAUGAACGAGUCGCACGCAGAGAGUGGGUAUUUGACAGAUUCUGUGAUAUCUAGAGAGAGAGAUUCCACUCAGGAUAGUGUAGGAUCAUCUAAUAAUUCAGAACAGGAUAUCACACCUUGUGCCGAGAAUUUAAUAACAUUCAGCACUGACAGCAGUAAUGCAGGAAGCAGUUUGACAAGUCCAGUUUCACCAUACUCUGAAGUAUCUAAUGACACUGAUAACAGUACGUCUUGUAACACAGAUCAAAUUCGUUCUGAUUCGGAUCAAGUGUCUUCUGAAGCAGAAGAUCACGUUGGCCAGGUGAACAAGAUUUAUGAUGAAUGUACAGCUAUAAUAAACCAGACUUCAAGGAUAGAGCAACUUGAUAGUCUUGCGAGAAUGAGUUUAAACUGUGAUAGAAAAGACCUGAUGAGUAUUGACGAUAUAAUUGCUACUAACUUUGUACCUGUCAGACCAGAAAGAUUAAUUAUGAAUAGUGAAAUCAGUGGUUCUAGGGGCAGGAGUCAAAGUGAAGCAUUAGAAUCAUAUACAGACUCGUUUCAUUUGUCUUGUGAUAAGACAGAUGGUAGAAAACGUAGUAAAAGUUCAGGAUUUCCCAUUCCAAGACAGAAGGAAGGUGUUUUGAUAUCAGAGGACAUGUUGUCUAAGAGCUUACCACAUGGCAAAGUGGUGAGAAGUGAUAGUGGACUCAUAGAGUUUAUCGCAGAUGACUUACAGGAGAAAAUACGCAGAAGCAGUCCUAUGUCUAAAACAGCCUCAAGUGAUGUAAGCAGUCGAAGAUCAAGUAUACUCAGUUUGACAAGUGUUGACAGUAUGGCAUCGUCGUCCAUGGCAACCUCAAUGACAUCUGGAAUGUCAAGGUCAUAUCCACAGAGUCCAGACUGUAUCCCACCUAUUGACCCAAUGGCUGUACAUGAGAUAGAGAACCAGGCUAGACUAGUUGCUGAUAGUCUGGAUCACAUGAUGGGAAAUCUGAGAAAUAAUCUUCAUCAGAUGUCCGCAAUCAGUGUUGGGUGUGAAGAGGCCUAUAAAACAUCUGUAGAUGUAACCUGUGAUUCAGUGGAUGCCAGUAUAAAGUCUAUGUAUGCCAUGAUGGCUAAAUGUGAGGAGUUGUCAAUGGCCAUGGAACCUGUUUAUAAAUUAGCUGAUCAAAUCAAAGAAAUUAAGCGUUUACUGGACAGAUUUGAAAGCCAGAUUGGAGAGAAGCCAUGAAGUACACAACACCUGGUUUAUGAAAUAUUAGAUCAGCAGCAUUUCAUGUGAUGUUCAAAAGAUAUCAAUAAACACAAAAAGUAUAAGGGAGAUUUGGAUAAGUACAAGACUUUGUGUGGACAUGAAAAGUUUUGAAAUACCUAACAAUAUGUCUACUUUUGUAGCACCACAAAGUGGUAACUUGGCUAUAGAUUUGUCACUGUUGUAUAGGUAUAUUCUCGAAUUCUUGUUGACAAACUACUUAUUUAGUUCUUCGUAGAAUGAGUUCAAACCUCCACAGAGGAUGGCUUGUGUGCUUUUCAGAUUUUUAAGAAGAAAUAGUUUCUCAAAAUACCUUUAUUCCCCACACCCACAUCCAGUGACUACCUCUGAAAAGCCUGUAGAUCUAUAGCCAUGUUGUGAUAGUAGUUACAUGAGAGGUUAGGUGCAGUAAGCAUGCAAAGCUUGAUUCAAACAUGUUUUAACAAAAGUUGUUUCCCUUGUUGCCAUAGUGAUUAAUUGAUAAUAAUGAUACAUUCUGUUAUAUGCAUGUUUUGGAAAACGAGACGUAUUAUGUGAUGGUGCGUGCUCCUGUCUGUCUGUCAUACUGUAAUUUGCAUCUGAAGCAUAACUUAAAAACCAUUGAAGGUAUUGACUCAAACUUGGCAUAUGGGAAGGUGACCAUGUGAUGAUAAGCAAAGCACUCAUAGAUAGGUACUGUAAGUCAAAGGUUAAGGUCACAAGAUGACCUUUACGGUCAAAUAUGUCUGUCAUAUUUUAUGUCCAUAUUAUUCAACUUUGAACAUAGGUAGGUGAUGAUGAGAUGAUGCAUAGAGUUCAAAAACCAGGUCUGUAGGUAAAAGGUUAAGGUCAGAUUGAGCUCGUAGGUUAAAUCUGAUGUCAUAUUUAUGUUUUUGGAGCCUAUGGUCUCUUUCGACAAGAUACAACAACAUCUCAUUUGUUUUCAGAUGAAAUAAACUGUAAUAUUUGUGAAAAGAUCUAAACAUUACAUCUAAAAAGUAUUUUUAAUUUAUAUAGUUAACAGUAUAACACAUCAUUAAAUCACACAAAAUAAAAUGAAUGUUUUAAUUAUACUGUAUCACUGUGAUAUAAACUUUUAUUGUUAAUUGUUAGUUCUUGGAGAUUUACUGAAUAUAUAGGUAAUGUUUACAUGACUAAAUUUCACUUUGUCCAUAUCCUACUGUUGUAAUGUUUAUUCAGCUGCAUUAUUCUACCUGAUAUGUCUGAUAAUAGUUAUUAGUCUUAGCUGUGGGAGAGUAUACUAAAUUGGUUUUGCGUCAACAUUUUUACUUAAACAUCAUCUCCCCUGAAACUACAGUCCAGAGUAACACCAGACUUUGUCAGUAGCAUCAUGGCAUGGCUCCUCUAUCAAGUUUAUUCAAAUAGUUCACCAUGGUCCUUUUUAGGGGUCGCCAGAGCUGAAAAUAGAAAAAAAAAUUUAAACAACUUUGCCUGAACCGCUUGAUCUUUACCAGACUUGGUCUGAAGCUUAAUUAUAAGGUCCUCUCCAAAAUUUGUUCAAGUGGGGGCACUUCUUUAAAGGGCUGAUAAGGCUAAAAAUAGAGAUACCUUAAAACAACUUCUAUACCUGCACGGAAGUCUGAUCUUGGUCUGCACUGGUCGCAAAGGCAAAAUCACUUGCCGCCAGCAGGCUAAAGGUUAACUGAUUAAUAAAAUAAAUUCUAUAAUCAUGCUAAAACUUAAGCUCUGAUAUAUGGCCACGUCCUUGGUGGGGGUGCUCGACUUCCUUUUAUCUAAAACUUUGAGUGUAUAUUACCAGGCUUUGCAGAGCUCUUGUUAAUGUUAAUAAAUAUUUUCAAAUUUUUGUGUUGUCUGAGAAAAAAGUGAUUUAUGAAGAAUAGAAGAACAGAAACAAAAACAAGGUUUUUAAAAUCUUAUCUAGAUAAGUCAUACAUAUUUAAAUCUGAAUGCAUUGCCAAGGGCGGCGGUUAAAAACGUCUUGUCAAAAUUCCAAUAAAGUUAUAUAAUAAAUGUUUUCAAAUUGUUUGUUGCCUGAAUCAAAAUGUGGAGAGAAAAAAGGAUUUGUUAGGGAGAAUAGAAGAAUGGACAAAAUUAUGUAAGAAAUAGAACAUAAUUUUGUAUACACUAAUCAUUCCAUUUAACCUGUGUAUAGUGACAGAAAAUAUGAACAAUGAUUUUAAAUUGUAUUCUGUAUUGAGCAUAUGCUUAAAGUACAAUAAUAAUAAUUUUGUAUAUUUCACAUUUGACUGUGCUAAAAUUUUGGUAUAUAGCAUUGAAACUGAUAGUUAUCAGACUUCAGUAAAUGCCCUUUAUGA